AACGCACGCAGAGAUCGCAGAUUAAACUAAAAGGCCAACCCUUAUUUGCUCUGUUUGGUCCUCGAAAACCCCCUUUUGUUUUUCCAGAGCUUCUCUCAAUUCUUCUCACUCAGAUUGCACCAUCGUCCUCACCGUUCCUCAGAUCAAUGUUAUAAGCAGUUAAUUUCGCAUUGCUAGGAAGUUGUGAAGCGAAGAUGGUGAAGCUGACUAUGAUUGCUCGUGUUACUGACGGUCUUCCACUAGCAGAGGGACUGGAUGAUGGCCGUGAUGUAACAGACUCUGAAUUCUACAAACAACAAGUCAAGGCUUUAUUCAAGAACUUAUCAACCGGACAAAAUGAGCCUUCAAGGAUGUCAGUUGAAACUGGACCUUUUGUUUUCCACUAUAUCAUCGAAGGACGUGUGUGUUACCUGACAAUGUGUGACCGUGCCUAUCCAAAGAAACUUGCCUUCCAAUACCUUGAAGAUCUCAAGAAUGAGUUUGAGCGUGUUAAUGGGACUCAAAUUGAAACUGCUGCAAGACCUUAUGCAUUCAUUAAAUUCGAUACAUUCAUACAGAAAACAAAGAAAUUGUACCAGGACACUCGCACUCAGCGGAAUAUUGCAAAGUUGAAUGAUGAGCUGUAUGAAGUCCACCAAAUAAUGACUCGCAAUGUUCAGGAAGUGCUUGGUGUUGGUGAAAAGUUGGACCAGGUCAGUCAAAUGUCGAGCCGUUUAACAUCAGAAUCUCGCAUAUAUGCUGAUAAAGCAAGAGAUUUGAAUCGACAGGCUCUGAUCCGAAAGUACGCGCCUAUUGCCAUUGUGCUUGGAGUUGUUUUCCUCCUUUUCUGGGUCAAAACAAAGCUCUGGUGAUCAAACUGCUUCAUCUAUGUUCUGAAUUUGCGGCAA